AUGAAUCCUGGGAAGAUCACCCUCAAGACGAACGAGGCGCUGGCCAGGGCUCGCUUGCUGGCGGUGAUGGCUGGCUGUGCGCAGUUCGCUCCUCUCCAUCUUGCGGCAGGGUUGGUCUCAGACCCGACCGGGAUCUUCAAUCAGGCGAUCACCAGCGUCGGUGGGGAGAGCGCCUCGAAAGCGGUGGAGAGGGUACUGAACCAAGCCUUGAGGAAACUUCCGUCGCAGAGCCCACCGCCGGACAAAGUCUUUGCGAGUCCUUUUAUGAUUAAGGUGAUAUGGCAGGCUGAGGCCACUCAGAAGGCGCGGGGGGACUCUCACAUGGCCAUUGAUCAGCUGAUCUUAAGCCUCCUCGAGGACUCCCAUAUCAGGGACCUGCUUAAAGAAGCGGGGGUUGAUCCGGCAAGAGUGAAGUCUGAGGUCGAGAAGCUGUGCGGCAAAGAAGGAAGGAGAGUGGAAAGUGCCUUGGGGGACACCGCUUUCCAGGCAUUGAAGACUUACGGAAGAGACCUGGUCGAUGAGGCUGGUAAAUUGGACCCUGUCAUUGGUCGCGAUGAGGAGAUUAGGAGGGUUGUGAGAAUCCUCUCAAGGAGGACUAAAAACAACCCGGUUCUUAUUGGAGAACCCGGGGUGGGUAAAACUGCUGUGGUAGAAGGCUUGGCUCAGAGGAUAGUGAAAGGCGACGUGCCAAGCAACUUAGCUGACGUGAGAGUCGUGGCGUUGGACAUGGGCGCUCUGGUCGCAGGCACGAUGUAUAGAGGCCAAUUCGAGGAGCGUGUCAAGGCAGUUUUGAAGGAAGUGGAAGAGAACCAAGGGAAAGUGAUUUUGUUCAUUGAUGAAAUUCACCUUGUUCUCGGUGCAGGACGAACCCAGGGGUCCAUGGAUGCCGCAAAUCUGUUUAAGCCCAUGCUUGCUAGGGGUCAGCUCAGGUGCAUUGGCGCCACGACCCUCAAAGAGUACAGGAAGUACGUCGAGAAAGACGCGGCCUUUGAGAGGAGGUUCCAACAGGUUUAUGUGGCAGAGCCAAGCGUUGCUGACACAAUUAGCAUUCUGCGGGGGCUGAAAGAGAAGUAUGAAGGGCAUCAUGGUGUUCGGAUUCAAGACCGAGCACUGGUGGUCGCUGCACAAUUGUCGAGCAGAUACAUAACUGGUCGUCAUCUGCCUGAUAAGGCCAUAGAUCUGGUCGAUGAGGCCUGUGCAAAUGUGCGAGUCCAGCUGGAUAGCCAGCCGGAAGAAAUCGAAAACCUUGAAAGGAAGAGAGUGCAAUUGGAAAUUGAGCUCCAUGCUCUUGAGAAAGAAAAGGAUAAGGCGAGCAAAGCUCGAUUAGUGGAGGUCCGUAUGGAGCUUGAUAACUUGAGAGACAAGUCACAGCCUCUGAUCAUGAAGUAUAAAAAGGAAAAACAAAUAAUCAACGAGAUCCGGCGGCUCAAGCGAAAGGGAGAAGAGCUUCUCUUUGCUGCACAAGAGCCCAAAAGAAGAUAUGACUUAGCUAGAGCUGCUGAUUUGCGGUAUGGGGCGAUCCCGGAAGUGGAACACGCUAUUGCAGAGCUUGAAGGAAACGUUGAAGAGAGCCUGAUUUUGACGGAGACCGUUGGGCCAGAGCAUAUAGCAGAGGUAGUGACUCGCUGGACCGGCAUACCUGUUACGAGGCUCAGCCAGAAUGAGAAAGAGAGGUUGGUUGGGCUCGCAGAAAGAUUGCAUCAGAGAGUUGUCGGACAAAAUCAAGUGGUCGAUGCUGUUGCUGAUGCUGUGUUGAGGUCGAGAGCCAGGUUAGGAAGACCACUGCAACCAACUGGAUCAUUCCUACUCCUGGGUCCAUCUGGAGUCGGCAAGACAGAACUCGCAAAGGCUCUUGCUGAGCAGCUCUUUGAUGAUGAAAACCGAAUUGUAAGAAUCGACAUGUCCGAGUACUUGGAACAACAUUCGGUCGCUCGUCUGAUUGGCGCACCUCCCGGAUAUGUUGGGCAUGAGGAGGGGGGGCAACUCACUGAGGCCGUGAGGCGGAGACCUUACAGCAUUGUGCUAUUCGACGAGGUCGAGAAAGCGCAUGUAUCUGUCUACAACACCCUACUCCAAGUUUUGGAUGAUGGAAGACUUACUGAUGGCCAGGGCCGCACGGUCGACUUUCGGAAUACCAUAAUCAUCAUGACCUCGAACCUCGGGGCAGAGCACCUCCUGUUGGCACUUACAGGCAAGUGCUCAAUCGAAGUCGCUCGCGAUCGAGUCAUGCAAGAGGUGAGGAAGCAUUUCAGGCCAGAGUUGGUUAACCGGCUUGAUGAGAUCGUUGUGUUCGAUCCUCUAUCACACGAUCAACUGAGGAAAGUUGCCAGGUUGCAGAUGAAAGAAGUGGCCACUCAGCUUGCCGAGAGAGGCAUCGCCGCGGAAGUGACCGACGCGGCUUUGGACUACGUCUUAGCCAAAAGCUACGAUCCAGUUUAUGGUGCUAGACCCAUCAGGAGGUGGCUCGAGAAGACAGUCGUGACCGAGCUGUCGAGGAUGCUCAUAAGGGAGGAGCUCGACGAGAACUCGACUGUUUACAUAGACGCCGUGCCGCUUGGCGACGGCUUGGUGUACCGAGUGGAGAAGAAUGGAGGACUAAUCGAUCCGGAAACCGGGUAGAAGUCGGGUAUACUCAUUCAGGUACCGAACGGGCCUAGAAAUGACACGGCUCGCCGGCCGGUAAGCUUAAUCAAGAUCGUGGAGAUCGACGACGACGAAGAAAUGGAUGACCUGAAUCCGUGAGUGAAGAAUCAUCAAAAAGUAUUGCCAAAUCUUUAUAUCCUUUUGACGUUGUCAAGAUCAGCUAUGCUUUUUGGUACUUCUGGGCUUCUAAAUAGGCUCGUCAUCCUUUUUCUUUUAGGUUUC